AAAGAGACGAACAGGGUUUAGAGCGCAAAUCUUCUUGUGGCUCGGUAUCAGUAAUGAAAGGAGGGAGAGGCGAAUCUUCUCUCAAAUCAUCGCUGGGAGGAAAGGAUGAUGGCUUAGCAAAGUAAAAGCGGGGAAGAAAAGUUCAAUUUGUUACUGAAGGUUCACCUAACGGAAAAUUUAACCUCUUUUCAAAAUCUGAUGGGAAGUUUGAAACCAGUUUUGGUAAAGGUGGUUUAGACAAGGGGGAAAAGGAGUUUUGGUCAUGAAUGGUGGGAGGGCUUCUUCGGCAAAGGAAACACGACUACUUGAACUCAGAAUUGAGCAAGAGCUUCCAAAGAAUGCCAAAUGCUUGAUGGACCGUGAGGCUGCAUAUAUUUUAAAGGGAAUCCAGGACCAGAUGGUUUUAUUAUCUGCAGAUCCUUCCAUUAAAAUCCUUGUGUCAUUUGACAGGGGGCUGCAGUAUGCCAACAGUAGUAGCGAUUAUACAGAUCCCCAGGCUGUCAGAAAGAUAUGUGUGAUUGCCAACAUUUGUCCUGAAACUAUUGAGGAAAUAUUUGCCCUUGUUCCAUCCUUGAAGGGAUUUCUGAGGAAUGCUAAGAGGGGAAAGGUUAGAUGAUCCUUAAAACAAAUGGGAAUUAGUGAAGAAAGCUGACAAGAUAGGCCUAGUUUUACAUGAAGUUGUGCCCUUGUGUGCGAAGAAGACUAUACGGGCUAUACCAACAAAAGAGCUCAAGGUAACCUUUCUGAUGACUCCUUCCGUCUUGAGGAUUAAGUUCAGGCCGCAUACUCCCCCUUACAAAUGACAAUAGGAUUCACUCUCUUCUGUAUUAUAAAAAUAUUUUGCUAUUAAAUGACAAGUUGAUCACAAAAACAUUAGGAAAAGCCAAUCUAUUGGUUCAUCACAAAUCUGAACUGGGCUCAAAUCCUAACUAAAAGCCAAAUCUGACUUCAACUACAAGUCUCUGAAUAUACCAUAUUAAUUUAAUACAAAUAAUAUUUUGAAAAAGUAAUUAAUCUACUAAAGCUAAAGAGCAAGUUGUUUGAAGAUUUUGUAUUGCCCUGCCUCUGCCUCAUACCAACGGUGCAUUAAGAAAUAUGGUAUGAUUAGCUACAAAUAAGAAACUUCCUCCUUUUACAUUUACAAGGGAGUAUCUUAUAUUCCACGUUUCUUCCUUUAAAUGAUCUCAUACUCUUUGAUUUUGAUGUCUAAACUCUAGGAUAAAUCAUGUCAAUGGACGGUGGAAAAUCAGCAAAUACUUGUACUCAACCAUUGCAUACUUCCUCCAUUUCUUCUCUUACAGAACCUCUGCUGGGCACUAACCAGGUUUAGAAUCACUGUUCUUGAUAAUGAUAUGAAUAACAUGAACUAAUUAGUUAAUUGUUUUUUGUGUUUGUUUAUAGUAGUACAUGGACGAAAUAAAACAAAAUGUUCAAGAGAAUACAUUGGUGGAGUCCAAAAUUCAUGAAUUUAAAGCAGCUGUCGCCAGGUUUGAGUCAAGGGUGCAAAUCAUACAACACAACAGUACCUUCUCCUCUUCAACUUCAACCACCGGGCAACAACGAUAAUAAUCAGCAAUCUCGCCAUGAAAAGGAAGUUUAUGAGUUUAAGGCUAUUGUCAAUAUUCUGCAUCAAGCAAGCGUAGUUGAUUUUUGUUGCCUAUAUAUGUUAAGUUUGUCCGAAUAUAUAUGUGCAUGUGUAUUAUUAUCUGCAGGAAAUGAAGAAACAAGAAGAGGGCAUUGUAUUGCUGACUGAAAAGAUUACGGCUCUAUACAAGCAGAUUACUGAAUUGGCAACCAUUACUUAUGAUAUGAAAGCUAUAGCUAUGACAGACGGAGAGUAUCCCAUUACAAUAACUUAUCCAAGUAUGAAUUUUGUUUAUGAAAGCUAAAGCUAAAGCUGUGGCAGACAGAGAGGAUCCCAUUGCAAUAUCUUAUCCAACUAUGAAUUUUAUUUUAGGCUGCCUUGUGGCUUUAACAUUCCUGCUUUCUAUCCUCAUUGUUUUAAACUUGUGACGUCUGUUUCUGGCCCGGAAACACGUUAUUCCCCCAGAUUCAAUUGUGGGGAUACAAGGCAUUACUUGCAAUAUACUUUAUUUUCCAGUUUA